UUAACUCUUUCUUCAAUUUCAUCUAAUACUAAAAUUUGUGUCUAUGGCUUCUAAUAGUAUUAUAAUUCCCUCAUCCUCCAUGCCUCCACCUUCAUCUUCAUCCCAUAAAUAUCAUGUGUUUUUGAGUUUUAGAGGGGAAGACACACGUAAAACUUUUACGGACCACCUCUAUUCAAAUUUGGUGCAAGCUGGAGUUAAUACAUUUAGAGACGACGAGGAGCUCAGAAAAGGCACAGAAAUCAGAUCUGAACUGAUUCAAGCUAUAGAAGAUUCCAUGAUCUCCAUUGUUAUUUUCUCAAAAAAUUAUGCAUCGUCUAGCUGGUGUCUCGAUGAGCUUUUGAAGAUACUAGAGUGCAGAGAGCAGCAUGGUCAGCUAGUUAUUCCUAUAUUCUACGACGUUAAUCCUUCUGAGGUACGUAGACAAGCCGGUACAUUUGGUAAAGCACUUGCUAAACACAAAAGACGUUUUGGGAAGGAGAAGGUAGCAAGGUGGAAAGCCGCUGUCAAAGAAGCUGCAAAUUUAUCGGGACGGGAUUUGCAGAACGUCGAGGACGGGCAUGAAGCAAAAUUCAACAAGAAACUUGUGGAAGAGGUCUUAAAGUUAGUAAACCCCACAUGCAUGCACCUUCCAGGACUCGUAAUUGGGCCUAAUUCUCAUGCUGAAGGAGUGAUUUCUCUAUGCAAGUUCUACUCAUCAACUGGUGUCUGCAUGUUUGGGAUCUAUGGGAUGGCUGGCAUAGGCAAAACAACUGUUGCCAAAGCCGUCUACAAUCAAAUCCACAGGAGGUAUGAAGGUUUCUCCUUUGUGGCUCAUGUAAGAGAGCGCUCGGAGAAUAACAUGCUUCACAACCUACAGGAACAACUUCUAUCUGAGGUUCUAAAAAGAGAGAACUUUAAAGUCCAAUAUAAUGUUGAUAAGGGAAAAUGCCUAAUCCAAGACAGACUUGGUCAGAGGAAGGUCCUCAUUGUUUUGGAUGAUGUCGAUGACAUGAGCCAGAUAAAAGCAUUGGCGGAAGAGAGAAGCUGGUUUGGUUCGGGGAGCAUAAUAAUUAUAACAACAAGAAGUGAGAAUUUGCUAGAUGAUAUUGGAGUAGACUAUAAGUACAAGGUAACAAGGUUGGAUGAUAUCUCUUCCAGGCGACUCUUUUGCUUUCAUGCUUUCAAGGAUACUACUGUACCCGAAAAUUUGGAUCAUGAGUUGGUGAAAGACAUAGCACGUCUAGGUGGAGGGGUUCCUUUAGCACUCGAAGUUUUGGGCUCUCUUUUGCAUAAAAAGGAUGAUCAAACAUGGAGAAGUACCCUCGAGAGCUUGAAAAAUCUUGCUCAUCACAGUAGUAUUCACAAAGCACUCAAAGUAAGCUAUGACUCACUUGAUGAGAACUCUAAGGAGAUUUUCUGUGACAUCGCGUGCUUUUUCAUUGAAGCCCAAGAACUUUAUGCUAGUCUUAUAUUGACCGGUUGUGGUCGCUCUUUCAGCUUGGGGAAAGGAAUCUUGACCGGAAGAUGUUUAAUCAAAAUCGAACAGAAUCGUUUGUGGAUGCACGAUUUAGUUCGAGAUAUGGCUAGAGAAAUUGUUCGUCAAGAGUCACCUAAGGAGCCUCAUAUGCGCUCUAGAUUGUGGUUUCAUGAAGAUGUUCAUUAUGUGCUACGAAAGAACAAGGGUAGCAAUCUGAUAGAAGGCAUCAGCGCCAUCCAUCCCAAAGUGAAAGAUUUAACUGUUGACACAAAGUCCUUUGCAAGAAUGGAUAGGUUGAAAAUAUUUCAAGCAAAAGGAAUGAAUAUUACUGGAAGCUUCAAAAAUUUGUUUGAGGACCUAAGAUGGCUAAGUUGGCAAAAUUUCCCUUUGAAAUGUUUACCUACUGAUAUUCAUCUAACCAAACUUGUGGCUCUGGACAUGCAAUAUAGCAACAUCGUGGAAGUUUGGCAAUCCACCAUCAAGCCCCUGGAAAACCUGGCAUAUCUAGAUCUCAGUCAUUGUCAACGACUAAAGCGAACUCCUGAUUUUUCAAGGGCGAUAAGUCUUGAGACAAUAUUGUUUACAGGUUGCUCAGAGUUGGUUGAGAUUGAUUCAUCAAUAAAAUAUUUGGUGAAACUUGUUUACUUAAAUCUGGAAGACUGUGUAAGCCUCAAGAAUCUACCAAGCAGCAUUUGCAAGCUAGAAUCACUUCAACAUCUAAAUAUGUCAGGUUGCUCGGGUCUACAACAACUGCCUGCUGAUUUGGGACACUUGAAAAACCUAAGAAGCUUAUCAUUACAAGGAUGCAACAGAAGUUUGAAGGCUCAAUCUUGGCUGACUUCUAUUUUAUCUUAUGUACCAUGGGCAGGAAGUAGUUCAUCGUGUCCAGAGAGGUUGUUGCCACAUUCCCUUUCCCGUUUAAGUCACUUGACGGUGCUCAAUCUCAACGAUUGUAGGCUUUCAGAAGCAGAUAUUCCCACCAAUCUUGGGAGUUUAACCUCAUUGAAAUACCUGGAUUUAGGAGGAAAUGAUUUUUACACUCUCCCAUCAUCCCUCUUUUGCGACCUAUCUGAGCUACAGUGUCUUGUCCUGGAUAAUUGCAAGAAUCUUCAAAUGCUCUCACUACUUCCUUCUAAUCUGCUAGAGCUCCAUGCAAAUGAUUGUUCAUCCAUUGAAAGUCUAGACAUGUCCAAUUACAGGAUACUGCCACAGCUCUGUGUAUCUAAUUGCGACAGAUUGUCUGAGAUUAAGGGCAUGGAAACUAUCAAAAAUGUUGAAUAUGUUCGCAUAGAGAGCAGUAGCAAGCUGGCAAGACGUUUCUUUGAUGAAAGUUUCUUCCAGCUGAUGGGAGAAUGUGAUGAAGAUCUUCCUUAUCCAAGCAGCUACUAUAUUGCAGGUAGCGAGUGCAAAUACAAUGGAGUUUUUCAAUAUGGUCCUAUCAUAGAGGUCGGUGAUCAGACCAAUAAGGUUACAUGGGUCCUUUGCUUCCCCGAGAUUACUGUAACCGCUGACAAACGUUCUUGGGUGAGCUUCAUACCACGAGAUUACUUUUGUCCUGCUUUAGAAGGUGGAGAACAAAUUACAUUUUCGUUCAGUAUCAGAGAGCAAGGAUUCACAGGGUUAAAAGUGACAAAGUGUGGCGUUCAUCCAGUCUAUGCAACAGCAGGAAGAACAUUGCCAAAACUCCAGUUUCGAGAUCCUCGGAGUAAUUUUGAGGAAAGGAGGUUGAUACCCUUGUGGAGAGAAUCAUCCAUUGCUGAAGUAGGACAUGUUAUGUCAUAUAAUCUUAAUAAUGGCACUGAUGAUCAGCACAUUCAGAAAGUCAUAUUUAACGGCCUUCGUCUUUCGCAAGCUGGUGAUGGGACAUCUUUAUUUCACAACAUCAUCGGCACACCUUUCCAUGUAAAUCACGCGAACUUUCGCCAGAUUUUGCAGGAAGCAUAUGACCAUAGUCGACGGAAUACAGCUGAUUGGCGAGAUCUAGGUUGUAGUGUGGUAGUCGAGCAACAAAACAGGUUAGGCUUGGCUAAAGGAAGUUGGAACUGUUGGGUCUGA